UUUGUUCUUUGUUGGAAAGUCUGUACACUGCACAAAAUGUCAUUAACAAAUAAUAACUCGUCAAUCGACUGGCCUUGUCUGACUGCGAAAUUUGCCUAGAUUGGCUGUUUACCGUACACCCUAUGCUGUUUACAGACACCCACAUACAAGGGCUCUCAGGUGACAUGUUACCGGACAAGAAUGGACCAAGUGCCAUGGGUGGCGGGGGCCAGGGAGGUUUGGCUGAACACCCUUCGGUCUCCCUGUUCAGAGAGUAUCUCCGCCUGAAGACGGUCCAUCCGGAGCCUGAUUAUGGUGCUGCUCUGAGAUUUCUGGAGAGGAUGGCAAAAGAGCUGGAGCUGCCCAUGAAGAAAGUGGAGGUGUGCCCUGGCAGAGUGGUAGCCAUCAUCACAUGGACUGGUACCAACAUGGCUCUGCAGUCAGUCCUGCUCAACUCUCACAUGGAUGUGGUGCCUGUGUUCCAGGAGAGCUGGAAGUAUGAUGCUUUUGCUGCUGUGAAAGAUGCCGAGGGGAACAUCUAUGGCAGGGGGACACAGGACAUGAAAUCUGUCGCCAUUCAGUAUAUUGAAGCUGUCCGCAAGCUCAAAGCAGAGGGAAAGAGGUUUGCUCGGACUAUCCACCUUAUGUUUGUUCCCGACGAGGAGGUUGGGGGUCAUAAGGGAAUGGAGAUGUUUGUGAAGCACCCGGAGUUUCAGGCGUUAAACAUCGGCUUUGCGUUGGACGAAGGUCUGGCCAAUCCAGGAGAGUCAUUCACUGUGUUUUACGGGGAGAGAUGUCCCUGGUGGAUCACGGUGCGGUGUCCCGGUAGUCCAGGCCACGGCUCCAGGUUUGUGGAAAACACUGCAGCAGAGAAACUGCGCAAAAUCAUAAACUCUUUCCUGGAUUUCAGAGAACAGGAGAAACAUCGGCUGAACACCAGCGAGUGCCUUACACUGGGUGAUGUCACCACUGUGAACAUGACCAUGGUAAAAGGGGGCGUGGCCUACAAUGUGAUCCCCGAAAAAAUGGAUGCCACUUUCGACAUACGAAUUCCACCCACGGUCAACCUACAGGAGUUUGAAGCGCAGAUUCAGCGGUGGUGUAAAGAGGCAGGAGAAGGCAUUACGUAUGAAUUUGCGCAGAAACACACUAACCAGGACCUGACAUCUACUGAAGACAGCAACCCCUGGUGGAAGAUCUUCAGCGCGACGUGCAAAGCUAUGAAUAUGAAUCUGCAGAAAGAAAUAUUCCCAGCAGCUUCAGACAGCCGAUUUAUCAGAGCGGUGGGUCUCCCUGCCAUUGGCUUCUCUCCAAUGAACCACACUCCCAUCCUGCUGCACGACCAUAACGAAUUCCUGAACGAGCAGGUGUUCCUGCGUGGCAUCCAGGUGUACCAGGAGCUGCUGCCAGCACUGGCCAGCCUGCCUGCUCAGUCGAGCGAGGUGUGAUCUUACUGGACCUCCCCUUCGAAUUGACACCUCUCUCCCAACCCCCCCCCUCCUCCCCUCCACAGACCCUCUCUUUCUCUCUUCCUUCCUUCCACUCUCUUCCAUUUCUGUCUCUUUUCUCUCCCCUCAGCCCAGCGCCCCCCAACAUCGUAACUCAGGGCACAGGCCUCCUUGCCUCUUUCCAAGAUUUAACACUCGCGCUGCUGCCACCAAUGAAGGAAUGUUAUCACAGCAAUGUAACUGAGCACUGUGAACAUUAUCAAAGCAAAAUACUGAGCACAGUGAA